CAGGACGAGCUGCCAAGCGCGCAUGGAAGCCCUGGUCUAACACCAGCCUAUUUCGGGGACACCGAUGGCCAAGUGGCUCCGUGACUAUCUGAGCUUCGGUGGCCGGAGGCCCCCACCGCAGCCGCCCACCCCCGACUACACCGAGAGCGACAUCCUACGGGCUUACCGCGAGCAGAAGGACCUGGACUUCGAGGAUCCCUACGAGGACGCCAAUGGCCGCCCCGAGCCAGAGCCCACCGGGCCAGGAGACUCUAAGUACGACUCUCCCAGGCACCGGCUGAUCAAGGUGGAGGCUGCGGAUAUGGCCAGAGCCAAGGCCCUGCUGAGCAGCCCUGGGGAGGAGCCUGAAGAAGACUCUGAGUACUCGGAUCCUUUCGAUGCCCAGCCUCAGCCACCAGCCUCAGAUGAUGGGUACAUGGAACCCUAUGAUGCCCGGAGCAGCUCGAGUGAACGGCCAAGCAGAGCCGUCCAACUUUACGAUACUCCUUAUGAAGAGGAGCAGAAUGUUGAGCCAGAAGACGGGGCGUCUUCCGGCCAGAGCAGGCUGCCUCUGGAGGAUGAGAGGCCAGCGGAUGAAUACGACCAGCCUUGGGAGUGGAAAAAAGAUCACAUCUCCAGGGCCUUCGCAGUACAGUUUGAUGGCCCUGACUGGGAACGGACCCCAGGCUCGACCAAGGAGCCCCGGAGACCGCAGCCUGCAGAGCGCGUGGAUGCAGCCCUGGCCCUGGAGAAGCAGCCGUGGUUUCAUGGCCCCUUGAGCCGCAUGGAGGCCGAAAACCUUUUGUCCCUCUGCAAGGAAGGCAGCUACCUAGUGAGACUCAGUGAGACCAGAGCUCAGGACUGCAUCCUGUCCCUCAGGAGCAGUCAGGGAUCCAUGCAUCUGAAGUUCGUGCGGACCCGGGAGAACCAGGUGGUGCUGGGCCAGCACAGCGGACCCUUCCCCAGCGUUCCCGAGCUGGUCCUGCAUUACAGUGCCCGUCCGCUGCCUGUGCAGGGCGCUGAGCACCUGGCGCUGCUUUACCCUGUCGCUGGCAGCCAGAGCCCCUGAGCUGCCAAGCCAGGGAGGGGACAGGGG